UUAAAGAUUCUUGAGAAACGUCGGACAUAGUGCGGCGUAUUGGUGACGGUGAAAUCGUAGAGGGGACGACCCCUCUUGCCCUACUCCGCUGUGCGCAACGUCAUUGUGCUGUGUGGGGCCAUGAUUGUUGGAGUGUGUGUGCGUCCCUCGAGCUACGCGCAGACCUGCCCAGUAAAUACGAGGUUUCCGUUCUCUGUGCGUGUCGAAAGAGUGCGUAGUAAAGGAAGAAAAGUUUUGUCUCAUCGGCAUCCUGGAUCACCGGCGUGUCCAUCAUGCCGUUGAGUAUUGGGGUUAACUUAAGAGUGACCGGACACUGUAAUCAGGGCGGUCGUAAGUACAUGGAGGACAUGUUCAGCGUGGCUUUUCAAUCGACACCGGAUGACAAAGAUUUAGAAUAUGCCUUCUUCGGAAUAUUCGAUGGCCAUGGUGGCGGUGAAGCAGCUACUUUUGCCAAAGAACAUCUAAUGAAUGUUAUUGUAAAACAGAAGAAUUUUUGGAGUGAUCGUGAUGAGGAUGUUCUUCGAGCCAUCAAAGACGGAUAUGUGAACACGCACUAUGCGAUGUGGCGGGAGCUUGAUAAAUGGCCAAGAACCGCAUCCGGACUACCAUCUACGGCUGGGACUACGGCUAGCAUAGCUUUUAUUCGUAAAGGGAAGAUUUAUUUAGGUCAUGUAGGAGAUUCUGCCAUAAUAUUAGGAUACCAAGUAGAUGGUGAUCCUCAAUGGCGAGCAGAAGCUUUAACCAAGGAUCAUAAGCCAGAAAGUGGACCAGAAAUGAUAAGAAUACGUGAAUCUGGUGGUAAAGUUGUUAGUAAAUCUGGAGUUCCAAGAGUUGUAUGGAAUAGACCUCGUAUAGGACAUAAAGGACCAGUUCGGAGAUCAACUCAUAUAGAUGAAAUUCCUUUUCUUGCAGUUGCUAGAUCAUUAGGUGAUCUUUGGAGUUAUAAUUCUGAAUUAAACACAUUUGUUGUAUCUCCAGAACCAGAUGUUAAAGUAGUUGCAAUUGAUGUUGAAUCACAUCGUUGCCUUAUUUUUGGAACAGAUGGUUUAUGGAAUAUGUUAACACCUCAAACUGCAGUAGCUAUAGUUCAAGCUGCAGAUAGACAUAAUGAAAAACAUCUAAUUGCUUCUCAACAAACAUGUAAUGGGCAAGCUGAUAAUGUUCAACUAUGGAUAAAUCCUUCAAAAAGUUUAGUAGAUAGAGCAUUAGAAAAAUGGUCAUCAAAAAGAUUACGUGCAGAUAAUACAAGUGUAGUUACAUUGAUGUUAGAUCCACCAGGUCCAUCUCGUAGUGAGGUUUUAUUAAGUCAAAAAGAAUGUCUUGUGAUGCAUCAUACAAUUCAUACACCUACACCUGUACCUGUUGAAACUCCAGAGAGAUUGAAUUAUAAUCCAGUCUUUUUAAGUAUACCAAGACCUUCUCCUAUAAUAAAUCACAAUGAUCUUAAACAAGGAUCAGAUUUCUCAAAUCAAAUUGAAGAAAAUACAAAGGAAUCGAAUGUAGAAAAUAUUUUACUUGUAGAAAAAGUAGAAGAAAAUCAAAAUCAAGUAGAUGAAACGCACAUGUCUGUUCAGAAAACUUUUGUUGAUGAAAAUAUUCAAGCUAUAGAAACAUCAUCGAAUAAAGUAUUAGAAAAAAGUAUAGAAGUAAAUAAUCUUGAAUCUGAAACAAUUCCAGUAGAAAAAAUCGAAAAUAUCGAAGAACAACAAUCAAAAACAACAAAGCAGGAACAUGAUAUGCUAAUUCAUGAUCUAUUAAUUUCACAAAAUUCAUCUGAAGUAGAAAAUAAAAACGAUCCUAACGUUUCAAAUGUGAUUCACCAAAGUGCAUUUUCUAAUGACUGUAAUGGUACACAUUCUUCUGCAGUUAUUAACAACACGGAAAGUAAUGAAACUGUUUCGGAAAAUACUGCUUGUAGAGAAAAUGAAAUAAAAACUAACAUAUUAAACGGAUCACGUCAUAAACAGUCAACAGUGUUUUCUACGUCAAGGAAAGAAGUCCGAAACAGAAGAAGAAGACACAGCUUAAAUACACAUUCGCGUAACACUCUCAUGGAUACGGGUUCUCUAGAAACAAAAACAUAUGUAAAUUCUAGACUUAAAUCGCGUAGUACAAAAGUGUCUGUGACAAAUAACAUGGUAGAGGAAGGUGUGAAAAACUCGACAAAUAAAACGAGCAGUAGUGCUAUUGGUAAACGAAGACAUAGUGCAAUAUCUCAGAGUGUAAUUAACACGGUCGAAGAAUCAUGUAUAUUACAAGAACCAUGCGUUAAAAGGAGAACGCGUUCAGAGGAUCGUCCAAAUCCGGUCGAUGAGAAUGAUCCAGCAAAUCAAGCCACGAAAGAUGCGAGUGGUAAUUUAAGUUGGACUACCACAGAAUCCAAUAUUACUCGUUCUACAGCUGGUGCUACCACUGUACCUGUACAGGAAAGACUGUCUUCGCUAAAUAACUUCCAAAGAAAUUUGGGAAAGAAAGCUACACCGGUGAAGACUAUUAGAAGACCAUCUAUUAAAGGUCUGUUAAAACAGUUGUGGGCUGCUAGUCUCAGUGCAAGAGAAUGGGAUCAGGGGAGAAGUAAUCGAUCAAAUAAUUGUAACGAGCGGAGGAUAAAUCGAACUAUGUCUAUUAUAGGUUCUUCGGAUAAUACAACCGUACCGCAACGUUGGCUCAGGUCGGAUACUAUUGCGGCGACACCUGUAAAAACACUACGCUCACGUAAUGUAGAUAUAACUGGUCACACGAUAUCUGCACAAUUAGUACAUCAGUAUGGCAUAGUAAAGCAAAGUAGACUUUCUUUGCCGAGUAAAUUGAAACAGUCCAAUAAUAAUGGAUUUCUACAAUCGAGUAGAGUAAGGUCUUCUUCUUUAACAUCUAGUAUAAAACAAACUAGCAGUAAUAACGGGAAUGGAGCUUGCUCUACGAUUAAUCCUACCAACACGGGAUGUAACUCUAGUUCCGGAAUGGCUAAAAGAGUUAAGUCACCAUAUAACCCGAGUGCUAGAUCAUUAAGCACGCGAUCUCGCAUUAAACGCCUUGGAAAAUGAGAUAGGGUAAUGUAUAUUAAUUAUAUUACUUGUUACAUUAAACAGGGUAUUUUUUUACCCUGAUAAAAUUUUUAUUUACUUCGCUUUUCAUAUUCAUGAAAAGAACUACUAGUUGAAAGAAAGCUAGCUAUUCUCAUACUAUUGCAUUUUAUCUUGAAGCUUAAAGAUAAUGUAGAUAAGCUCUUGACUCAAUUUUCCACAAACAUCUUGUCGGGAUUAGAUUUGCAUUUUAUGGACCAAUCAAUUUACGUAACAAAAAAAAAAAAUUAUCAAUUUCCGUUGUUUCCUAUUUUAGUUCUAACUUCUUCUUACAAUUUUUUUUGUUAGUAAGUAAAUAAAUAAUCACGUACUACACAAAGAUACUAUUGUAUAUAUAAAGCAAUAGUUUGUUAUCAAUAAUAGUAGUAUCUUUAACUUCCACGGCACACUACGGGUGAAAAGUCGAUCAUAUUUUUCAUAUUUGCAUAUUUUCACGCAUUGAAAAAUAAUGUAGAUAUUCAAUAUUCGUUAAAUGAUAUAAUAACGUGUUUUUUUUGUGUUUCGUUCCCGAAGAGAAAGAAAUAUAACAAAAAUAAAAUUGCAUGCUUAUUUUCCGACUGUAGAUAAUGAAUCGAAAAUCGUGAUGAUUUUAUUGUUAUUCAUGUGUAUAAUUUCCCGAAUGUAACAGUAUCCUUUUAUCACUAUAUAACGUAUAUUUUUUGAUUUCGAAAAGUUAAUAUUAUUUAUUUCGUUUUUUUCAAGUAUGAUUUCUCUUUCUCAAAUAACAAAUCGCGAUAUUUUAAUUUUAUCGUUAAUGUUUCAUUUGAGUUUUGUCAUCAGAAAACUAAGUACAUUUUUAUCACUUUUCACUUUCUUAAAAGUCAGUUUGACUAUAUGUAUAAGUAAUAUCGAAAGACUUCUUUUAUUUUUUAUGCUUUCUAAUCUAUCUGACUAGCUUAUUGAAGCGUUAAUUAUAAGAGAAGAAGUUUAAAAUUAAAAAAAAAAAAAAAGAAGAAGUACGUGAACAUAUGUAUAAAAUAUGUGAGCAUGAAAAGCGUAAAAAAAAGAAACAGAGAAUGACUGUACCGACAGAGUGUGUAUGUGAUUUAUAGAAAUUAUUUCGAACAAUUCCUCAACUUGUUCAGGCGAUGCGAUUAUUUAAUCGAUUUAGUAAUGUUACUAAAUCAGUUAAAAAAAAAACUGCAUCAUUUGAACGAGUUGUAAAUAUUACAGUCUUCUAAGAAAGAAUGAUUUUUAAAGGUCGAUUAACAAGUCGUUAAAAAGAAAAUAUGACUUGUUAGAAUUGAAAAAUUAAAAUAUCUAGUACGUAGGUACGUAAUCAUCUGCUUUGGCCGAGUGAGUAGCUGUUCAAAAUUCGUUCGAUAUUAAAAAAAAAAAAAGAAUGAACGUAGUCGUUAAAUUUUGAUAUUUAACUUUAUACAAUGAUAGCACAAAGCCGUAAGAAAGUCUUUUGAUACAUAAAAGAUUCAACAAACAUUUCAAUGCAAUUUUAUUCACUAUUGUAAGUGUUCAAAAACGAUAGAAUUUUGAAUAGCAACCAUUUUGGCACGAAGUGAUAUUGAAAAUGACUGUCUAUUAUGCGAUACAAAAUUUAGAUUAUAUUUAGAGUAAUUUAAGAAAAGAAGUGAUUUAAUGAGCGAAUGAAGUAAAUUUCAUUUGUUUAUAGAUGUUUAAUAAUGUAAAUCAUUGAAGCAGUAAACUUAAUACAAAUGUUCCAUAUAAUUUUUGUGCAUAAAUUCUUAAAUAGGAACAUAUUCUAUUAAAAGUUUUGUUUUUGUGUAUUUGUUGAGAAUGUAAUUUUUGAAUUUUGUGGUACUAUUUUAAGAUAAUUUGAAAUUUGUGGAUAGUCAAUGAAGCGUACUUUAGAAAUUUAGUUUAAAAGUUUAGUUGAGUAUGUGAAUAUAAAUAAAAAAAAUAAUUAUAAAUGAUUAGAACGAGACAAGUAAAUUCUCGUCUACGUAUUACAAUCUUAUUUCACGUAUUUAAAUGCGAUAAUUGUUGACGAUUUUUUUGUUAAGAAAUAUUUAAAAUUAUAAUCAAGUUAUUUUUAGGAUAAUUUUUAAUCAACUUUUACAGUUGGAUUUUUUUUCUCUAUAUAUAAAUAAUAUUGUAAUAAGAGAAUUUACUGUGUCCAAAUUAUCUGAAUUAUCUGUGUAAAAAUUAUUUAGCAAGAUAAAAAUAGAGAAAAAAAGAAAAGCCUGAUUAUACGUUGGAAAAGUUUAUGUUUAUAUAAAUUUAUCAAUAUUUUUAUAUUUUUAUGUUUCAUUAUAGACAGUGCAGAGAAACAUAAUUAUAUCAAAGAGAAGGAUAUGAUAAAGAAAAGAAAAUAAUGACACGUGCCUACAAUAGUUACCAUUUAAAUCUGUAUAUAUAUAUGUAUAAAGUGUAUUCAUAUAUAUCAUGGACCAAGAAGAAAAUAUAAUUUUUCAUUGAUUUAUUGGAAAUGUAAGUACCAAAUAAGAAGUGUGUAUAUAUAUAUAUAUAUAUAUAUAUAUAUGUAUAUAUACAUGUAUAUGUAUAUGUAUAUAUAUAUAAAAAUAGGACCUUAAACCAUCUCUUCUUGGUACAUGCAAUACAAGUAGCACUGUGUAUACAUAUAAAUAUAUAUAACUAUGUAUGUAAAUAUAUAUAAAGACGCAUAUAUAUACAUACAUAUGUAAAAUAAAAACACGUAUAUUUGAAAGUCAUCUACAUACGUGUAGAUAUAAUUGAAAAUAAAAAAAGAUAUAGAUGAUUGUGCUCAUAGAAAAUAAAAAAAAAAAAAAAACAUUUUUGCUAGUGUUUAUUUAUAUACAUGAAGAAUUAUAAUAUACAAAAAGAUACGAGAUAAAGAAAAAGGACUAAAGGAAAAGAAGUCCGUCUGGUUGCGCUUGUAGAUUUAACAUUCGUUAUAUAGAACAUAAAUUAAAAAAAAAAAAAAAUCUAAGUAUUUUCUCAGAGUUCAAAUAAGUGGAAACAGAAAUAAGAUUCAAUAGGGUAAUGGAAAUGUAUAGUGAACGAAAAUUUAUAGCUGGUUUAUCUCAGGUUAAGUAUAGGAGUGAAGGAGGCGAACUCGAACAAAUGUGUGAUCACGUUUCAAAUCUGUAUAUUUUAAUUAAAUAAACUGAAAUAUACAAAUGUU